CAGUGGUGAAAGCGAACACCUUCUCAGUCUCCGCGUAAUCUUUCGUGCAGAGAAUAAGAAAGUAGGAGUUCAAGUUCAAAAAUUCAACCUUUGCCCAUUCAUGUCUCUGUGUCUUUGAACACCUCAAUGUUCCUUUCCAUCCUAAAAUCUACUAAACCUGGUGACCAGCAACAAAAAAAGCAAAAAGGAGAAUGGUUAGCAGGAAGUUUCAAGCCAGAGAACUUCAUUCCAGGUCUCGUUAUAGGUUUCAUUUUUGGGUUGUUGUUUGAUUUAUCAAAGCCCAAUAGAAAUCACUUGCCCAAGAAAAAUUUCUCAUCUUGUAAGCUUCAACAGCAACUCUCAGUCUCAAGCAAUGGUGAUCAGGAGCUUAAGAUGGUUCUGGUAGUUAGGCAAGACCUCAAGAUGAAAUCUGGAAAGAUUGCAUCCCAAUGUGCUCAUGCUGCCACUGGCAUGUACGCCGAAUUAAUGCAAAGUAACCGGUCUCUUUUAAGACAAUGGGAACAGUGCGGCCAGCCCAAAAUUGUUUUGACGUGUAGGAAUCAACAAGAAAUGAAUAAGCUGAAGGAAGCAGCUGAGAGUAUUGGCCUUCCUACUUUUGUUGUUGCUGACGCUGGGCGAACACAGGUUUUGGCAGGAUCAAAGACUGUUCUUGCUGUUGGACCUGGACCAAAAUCAUCUGUGGAUUCGGUGACUGGAAAGUUGGCGCUGCUUUGACAUCAUUCAAGAAACAAGCCCUAAUAUGAUAAAUCACCCAAGCUUUGUUACCACUUGGUCUGCGUUUAGAGGCAUUACCUGGCAUUUAUUGGCUGAGUAUUGUAUCUUUAUUGUGCCUAUGCAACAUGACUAAAGCUGGUUUAUAAUUUGUAACAUUCAGUAGGAGUAAUUCUCAGUUGGAGCCCGUUUACAUUCCCUCCCCCCGCCCCACCACACACACACACACACACACUAUUAAUCUCCUUUUUAUACCUCAGAUCCUGGCUACCAGGGAUGAUUAAAACCCUUUAUUUUAGGAUAUAUUGGGUAAAAAUCUGUUAGGAAACUAUUUUUCCCUAUAAGGCAGCGUCUGCCCUCCUUAUGUCACGUGUCUGCAUUCUUUACAAGUUCAUAAUCCUUUUUAUCAACACUCCCAAUUGGUUUUGA